GUCGUGUCGAGACCGUCCCGAAAGAAGGACUGCCCGAAGUGUGAAUUGAAGCGAAUCCGUUCCCAUCUUCAUUACCGAUUUGUGAGUUGCAACUAGUCUGAUUAUUACUAGCCCACAAUGAACACCGGUUUCAACUGGAUUCCGUGGACCUCGCACCAGGGCAUUCCGCCGGUUGCCGUCCACGCCGGCAACGAUCAGGAUGGGUCACCGAUCUACGUUGGUCGAGCUUACCACGAGGGUGACCAGCUGCCAGCGAAGGUCCUCCCGACCAAACAGGCAGCCUACGUGUCCCACAACGGGUUGGAGAUAUUCAAAUCCAACUUUGAGGUGCUGACGGGCACCGGAUUCACGUGGGUUCACAGUGGCAACGGUCACGUGCCGGCUGGGGCAGUGCUGGCUGGCAGCACAACUACCGGGGAGCAGCUGUACGUAGGGCGGGCACAUCACGAGGGAAGUUUGACUCCUGGAAAGGUUCAUCGUUCGCACGGCUGUCUGUACAUUCCGUUUGGCGGCGCCGAACAGAGCAUCCUGAGCUACGAGGUCCUCGUAGGACAGCAGCGUUCUUCCUGGCAACACUGCUCGGCCCACGCUCCGGUCCCUCCGGGUGCCAUCUUGGCCGGUCACGACUCCGACAGCUCGCCGAUCUACGUCGGUCGGGCGUUCCACGAGGGUGAUCAGCUGCCAGCGAAGGUCCUGCCGAGCAAGCAGAUCGCCUACGUGUGCCACAACGGCCAGGAGAUACCGAAGCACUCGUUCGAGAUCCUGUGCAACGGCAACGUGUCCUGGGUUCCGUCCGGAUUUGGUAGCGUACCCCCGAACGCCGUGUUUGGCGGGCGUACCUCGACUGGGGAGGCCCUGUACAUUGGCCGGACCCACUAUAUGGGCAGCUUGACACCGGGCAAGAUCCACCCGAGCCACCAGACGCUCUACAUCCCGUACGGUGGCAGCGAAGUCCCGAUCAAGAACUACGAAGUUCUGAUCGAGCACUAGAAGGGGCUAUCGGCUAGUCACGCAAUAUUGUCGAAGAAAGGUACAGUUUGAAAUAGGGCCCAGUUCGGAUCGGGGUUCGGCAAGAGUCUGAAACAUUUCGGCAAGCCCUCUAUUACGAGUCAGAAGCUACACAAAAUACAAAAUACAAAUCGACAACCAAAACUGCGGUGCUGUUUCUGUGGCGUUGAAGGCUGUAGCUAGCUUAGAAGGUACAGUCCCGCGUGUUGUCCGGAAUGUUCUUGACCUGAUCCAGCAACACCAGCUCGUAGGUGAUGAUCGUACCGGCCAUCUGUGGAGACAAACGU